UACAAAUGGCUGACAAGAACCAUCCCAACAUUGUGCGCUUGCUGGGAUUCUCUGUUGGAGGGGACGUGAGGACACGGAUCGAGCAAAUCCUGAUCUAUGAGUUUGUGACCAACGGCGACCUUCAACAAUGGCUGGACUCCAAUGCGCCCCAGUGCAUGAGCCUGCAGCAGUGGUUGGACACCCUCAUUGGUGUGGCACGCGGCCUCGAGUACCUCCACAGCUUUGGCUUCGUGCAUCGCGAUAUUAAACCCGCCAACAUCCUCAUCAGCGCUGAUAUGCAGGCCAAGGUUUCGGAUUUUGACCUUGUGAGGGCCGGAGAGGGCACCACCGUGGGGUCCACUCGAGUCAUGGGAACACCAGGCUAUGUGGAUCCUAUUUAUUCCAAGACGUCGAAGGCAACCAUUACCACUGAUGUCUAUAUCUUUGGAGUGCUGAUGCUUGUGGUCCUCACAGGACGCAAUCCAUCUGGCGAACAUUGUUAAAACGCGGUGCGACACUUGUUGU